GCGACACGAUUUUAAACAGAAGAAAAAUAGAAACCGACAAACUAGGGGUUCUGAGAAAGAUGAAUCCAGAGAGAACCUUCGGAUUGUCAUCCAAGAGGUUGAAGAUUGGGGAGGCGGCGGCGGCGGUGGAAGUGUUUUCUGAAUACGACGAAGAAGAGGAAGAGGAGACGGAGUCGGAGAGUGUAGAGAUAGGUUCUGGGAGCUAUAAAUACAUCUACAAUGAGGAAGACUACGAUGGUUAUGACGAGGAGUUUAAAAGGGAAGUGAAACGAUAUAUCGACGCCUUGAAUGAAGUUGGACCCUACAACAUAGACUUCAUGGUGCCGGAUUAUUAUAUUUGCAAUGGCGCUUUUCCAAUACCUCUGCCACCAGGUCCAGAAUCCCAUGAUUUCGAUCACUACGCUUAUAGAGAGAUGCAGAAAUCCUUACAGUUUGCUAUUGAUAAACACAAUGAAGGGAAGGAUGCAAAACUUGUGCUUCACAAGACGUUGAGGGCUAAUUUUAAAAGAGCAUGUGGGUUUAUCUUUUUCAUAACAUUUCAAGCCACGGAUAUUGCUUCUGGUGAAAUGAGCAUUUAUCAAACAUGUGUGGUGGAUGAUGUAGUUGAUAAGAUCAUGACCUUAAGCGAGUUUCACCGGGUGGAAACUGAGGAGUUGAAGGGUGCAUGGGAUUUGGAAUGUUGAGUAUUUGUGGCGUGGGUACUGAGAUAGUGAGAUGUGCCAAAAGCUUUAGUUGUUUUUUAAGAAUGUAAUGUAUGCUGCCAAAAGCUUUAGAUGUUUUUUUUAUAAUGUAGAGCCUCUUUGGUGACAUUGUUUUUCGGCUUAUGAGGCUUAUCAACUAACUUUUUCACCAAACAUAACUUUUGAUUUCGUGCGUUGAAUUAUUUAUUAAUACGAAAACGUAAGUUUGAAGUUAC